ACCCUCAUCAAGUGGAACCGGGAGCGCAGGCGGCUGCUUAUCGAGGAGUUGGAGUCCCGGUUCGCCUUCAUGCCGCUCUUGCUGCGGCAGAACCUGGAUGAGGAGGCCAAGAUCAUGAAGGACGUCCCUGGCUGGAAGGUGGGCGAAUCCCUGUUCCACACCGACCGCUGGGUCCCCCCCACGGUGGACGAGCUCUACUACCUGCGCCCCAGCGCCGAGAUGGACAACGAGAAGUUUGGGCUGCAGUGGUACGUCUGA